UAAUAAUUUUUUUUUUUAAGGAACUAGAAAACAACUCACCACUUUGACUAUGUACCUACAGAAUACGUUUUUCUACAGCAGUAAAUAAAACUACAACCAAUCUGGGGUUAGGAUAUUCUAGCUAAAGUGCAAACCAAAGAUGAUGUUGUUUUUAGCAUAAAAUCAUAAACAUAAUCACUGGGAGUAGGAAGUAAACCCCACUGAGUGGGACUUAAUUCUGGUAACCCAUGUGUAGGGUUGCACUGUCACUUUUUCUACAGCACCUGGAAAUUUUAGGAAUAAUAUACCAAGAACUUUUGCUUGGCAUGCAGUGACUUCUGGGCAGGCAUGAGCCCUGGCACUACUUCUGUUAGAAAUUAAGUUCCAUAAAUACUUACCUGCGACAAAGUCCACUGAACUCAGUGUGACUGCUGUAUAGGAUUGUACUGUACUACAAUCCUGCCUGCAGCUCUUUGCAUAAUGUAUUUACCCGGGGGUUGUAUUCUAUUUCACACAGUGGGGCUUUCUUCUCUAGAUGAAUGUGCACGGGAAUGGGCUACGUGCCAGUAAUUUGCCAACGGUAUGCUGAAUGAAUGAAUUCAGUUAUCAAAGACUCCCUUGAUCCCCAAGUUGAUGACUCCGUUUCUCGGUAUGAUUUCCUGCUCUUGCCUUGCCUCUUCCCCACCAGCCCUGCAAAGCACAACAUCCCCCUUUUCGGUGUCAGGGGGAAGGAUGCCUUCGGGGAGGUUAAAACCGCGCGCCGGCUAAAUUUAGGAGAUCCUGAGCGGAGCGCCGCGUCGCCUGAGUUCCCCGCCCCUGCGAGGGCCGAACACACAAUCACAUGCUUCAGGUCGGUCGGGGCAGAGCUGGGCAGCCGCCUCCUGGCCCGGCAGGCGUGGACUCCGGGAGCUGCGAGCUGCGAUCCAGCCGGCGGCGGUUCCUCCCCCGGAGCAGGCGCUAGAGCUGCGCGGAGACAGUUUCCAGAAUUACAAGAUCAUAUCCGUGGUGAGGAGUCCAACAAAUUUGAAAAUGGCCUCGGGGAGACGGUGGUGGUGCAGGUUUGCCCCACACAACAAGAAACUGCUGCCCUGUUGGAAAAAGUCCUUGACCGGAAGCAAGCAGCAGCCGAGCUGCUGGCUGCAGCUAUUCAUCAGGAAGUGGUGCUUUCAGACCCAGCGCUGGAUGAUGUGGCUGUGACUAUCUCCACAGAGAGCAUGGCUGUGUGGAUUGAUCCCAUAGAUUCCACCAAUCAGUACAUCCGUGGGCGUGGCGAUGUGCUGCCUGUGGAUGGCAUCUACCCCUCAGGGCUGCGCUCGGCGCUGGUGCUGAUAGGCGUAUACAACCGUCACUCAGGCGAGCCUGUCCUGGGCAUCAUCAAUGAGCCCUUCUUCAAGGAAAAGCUGCCAGCACGCAGGUGGCAGAGCAAAUAUCACUGGGGCAUCUCCUAUGGGGGCACCCGCCUGAGCUCGCUAAGCCGGCCCCAGCUGCGGACUUCCCCUCGUGUGGUCCUGAGCAGCAAUGAGAAAGUGGCGCUGCAGGAAGCCCUGACCCCCCUGUAUGGGCAGCAGCUGUGCUUUGCCUCCGGUGCCGGGUACAAGAUGCUGUGUGUGGCGCUGGGGCUGGCCGACGCCUACGUCCUCUCGGAGGGCAGCACCUUUAAGUGGGACUCCUGCGGCCCCCACGCCAUCCUGCUAGCCCUUGGCGGAGGCAUGGUUGACCUUUCGGAGGCCUUGAAGUCCUGGCAGGCUGGGCAACGCAAGCCGCUACCGGAACUGACCUACAACAAGCCUGUGGAGGGCGCUCUGGGUGCUGAGCGCUGGGCCAACCAAGGAGGGCUUGUGGCCUACAUCCACCGGGAGCAUCUGGAGGCUGUAAUGGCCACUCUGGCAGCUGCAGCAAACACCUUCUAAAGCUCCUCCUCUUCCUCCCUCCAGGGCAUUUUCAUCUCAGCACCCGAGGAGGAAGCCAGUCUCUGGGCAAAGGGCCCCAGCUUCCUCACCUACCAAGGGACCAGUCGGUUACUGACAAAGGCAACACACCUGGAUCAGCUAAGGUUGUACCUUUGACUUCUGGCGUUUCUGUGCCCUGUUUCCGCCAUGUUCCAGUGGGGAGGAGCAAAGAGAUCACAAAUCACUCAUGCACCACAAACCAUGUUUUUUAUCUUAACUGUAGACAGGAAAUGUAACCUCCAUGCAUGCAGAGGGGGUCGUGGUGACCUUAAAUUGUGCCCUUCUCCCCACCCGAUCCUUGGUGCUUUGCUCCUUUUACAUGAAUAAUACGUAUUAUGGGUAAUGCAGUAGAUAUGCAUUGGGACCAUUAUAUAGCUUCCAAUUUGGAUUUUCUUUAGCCCUCUCUGCUUCUGGUAUCUUGCACAGGGCACUGUGACCAGCACUGUUUUUAGCUGUCCACAGCACAGGCCUGUUUUCUGGGGUGCAUCAACCACUCUCCUUGCUUGUGACAUGUGAUCUGGGUCAUCUGCAGCUUGAUCUGUGAGCAGCUAAUGGUUGGGUGGUCAGUCCAUGUUAUGAAGACAGUCUAGGUGGCCUUCAGCUCUGUGAGGAGCGUCUGCACCAAUCCUGCUUCUGUGGUUUGUGGCAUUUACUCUCUAACACGGAAUCCGCUGGGACAGUGUUUUGUUGAGGGAGGUUAGGCUGCGUAUCUGUAACAAAGAGUUCCUCAGGAUCAUUUGUAAGGAGCCGUGGCAGCUGAAAUAAUCAAAGUAUGUGCUGUGAUUCUGGGAAUACCCUCCCAAAAAUUGCUAUUGUAUCAAAUUGCAGCUUAUCCGGACUGAAUCAUCUUUAUAUGAGCUCAGUUUCAUGCAGAAUAACUGACCGUUCCCUGAGAGUCCCUAAAUCCUACCUCCAGCCCCCUUGACAGGGAUGGGGAACAUGGCCCUUUGGAUGUUGCUGGCCGGAGCUGGUGGGAGUUGAGAGCUCAGCAAGAUCUGAAGGCCACAGGCAAGCCAUGUCAGGAAUGCAAUUCUGGGUAGGGAGGGAAGAAGGCAUGGCCACAAUUCACCCAUUCAUUGGCCUUGUCCUGUUUCAGAUGUUUCUAACACAUUGCUUUAGAAACCAACCAACCAACAAUUGCUCAGCUUUUAAAAAAAUAUUUGGAAUCAGAAUAAGAAAAUUAAGGUUGCCCAACUGUAUACAGAUGAACACACAAACUUAUAUAUGGUUUCUGUACUUUACUUUGAACACAUCAUGUGAGUGUUCUUCGAGCAGAAUUUGAAUUUUUAAAAGUUUAUUUUUACUUGUUACAGCAGUUGCACACUAUUUUAAUAGUAAUAAACUGUAUCUAAGAUUGGAAUUGCACAGAAUAUUCUAAGAUUUUUUUAAAAGUAGGUGAAUCUGAAAUAUUAAACACAGCAGAAUAUUCUGAUAACUGCUGAAGUGCAUGCUUGGGGAACGCAAGUACCAGUUUUUCUUCUACCAAGGAAUCUAACUUGCAGUAAAUUGAUUUGCCACCUUUUCAGGAAAUGCUACAUAAUGUUACCAACAACGAAGAUCAGUAUUUUAAUCAGUAUUUUAAAUAACAUGAGAUCAAAACUUAAAUCAAACUAAAAUAAGGAAUAUGUCAGAGCAGCAAUAGUAUAAUUGGCCAAAACACACCCUCACUUUAAAAACACAAAUUGCCUCUCUGAGAAUUUGGGGGGCAAACUGUGUUUUGUUUCCUAGAGUGCAAUCCUAUGCUCCAGUCUCACUGUGUGCUACACGAGAGGAGCAUGAAUCGCAGUGCUGCCAUGAUUGUUUGUUUGUUGUUUUACUUGUCCUUCACCAGCAGAUCCCAUGGCUGGUUACAACAAUUUAAAAAUCAAUAUUAAAAAAUGCUAAAACAUAUUACAGUCACAGGAAUAGGGUGAGUCCUGAAAAUGCAAAUGUCAGGUGUAAACGGCCAGGUGGAAGACGUGUGUCUUCAGCAUUUAGCAGAAGGUUCCUGGGGAAGGUGCAAGAUGCACCUCUGUGCGAAGGGAGUCCCACAGUCCAGGGGCUGCCACAGAAAAUGGGCUGCAACUACAGCUCCAUCUGCCCCAGCCAAGGCACCGGGUUGGGGAAGGCUAAGCUACGAGGAACUUCCUCUCUGGUGGGAUUGAUUUUUAACAGCAUUUAAUUGGAAUAACUAAGAAUGCUGGGGAUGUUGUGACAUAUCGCCAUCCUCCCUGGGCGCAAGAAAUAUAAUGGUUUGGAAAUCUUAAUGAAUACUCAAGGCAGCCCUGGGGCCACAGAUGCCUGUGCCGCUCCUUCGCAUUAAAACAAGCUGGCAGUCUUGCAAUACUCUUCUGCCACUAGAUGGCACGAUAGCCCCUGGGUGAUAUUUAUUUACCAAGAGUUGGAUUGAGAGGCUGGAGCUGAGCUUUCACCUAUGACAGAGUAUUUUAUAACAUAAACCUGGCUCGAUUCCAUAUUUGCUUGUUGCAUAUUCUGUAAUCAGAUCUGCUACAGGCUUCUUCUAAUGGAAAGAGCACAGACCUGGUACAUAAAAACACUUUGCGCCAUGUAAAAUGGAGCCACAUUUGUUUUUACUGUUCAGCCUAUGACUUAUAAUGACCCCUAAUUAUUCUGUGCAAAUUCAGGUUUCUAGUAUUGUGCACCUGAGAAUUCCAGCUGCUGCUGCUCCCACUUCCUCCUCCUCCUCCUCCUCCUCUUUUUCUUUAAAAAAGCUUCUUUGAAUAAGCAAAAUGCAGCACAAUCCUAACUGUGUCCAGAGAACUACGUCCUAUUGAAUUCAUUGGGGCUUACUCCCAAGUAAGUUGGCUUCAGAUUCCUCAGUGGUGAAGGACAGGUGCCUUUUCUGGCUGCUUUGGACUACAACUCCCAUCAACUCAGCCAGCAUGGCCAAUGAUCAGGCAUGUAGGGAGUUGCCACCCAAGAAUAUCUGAAAGGCCCCACCCCUUGUCAGAUCCUUAUGGCUGAGAAGAUAGGCUAGGUGUUGUAGGAAAUCUCGAAAUCCCACAAGGAGAUUGAGUAAAAUCCCCAAGUUAGACGGAACAUCCUCAGGAUCAGGAGAAACAAAAGGGCCUGACUGAACAUGCAAUAUUGCAUCCCUAAAUACUCCCAGUUGCAGAAAUUGGACAUGUCUUUGCUUAGAGUAGCCAUUGACACUUGGCCAAAUGAAUGGACACCAAUUUGCAUGUGCUGCGUGUAGGUGCGCAUUUAAAAAUAUUAGUAGGUUCUAUCCUACUAAGUCAUAGUCACUAGACCCAUUGAUUUCAGUGAUUCCAAGUACAACUUAGUUGGCUAUAUGAUAUUACCUUGAGUAUGACUGGUGUGUUAUGUCACUCUAUAAUUCUACAUAGGAAUACUAUACAUCUCACUGUCGUGGGGAAGACUGUGGCCUGUGGGUUUGUGCUUAGUCUGCUGCCAAGGUGCUAUCUGUUGAUGGGCAACUUCAGCGCCCCUGCUCUUCCUUCUGUAUCUUUCAACCAGACCUGGAAUGCACAGCCAUUCAAAUAGGACACCUUCAUACAGAGAACUGCCACCUGUCCUCAUCCUAAGCCUCUGAUAGCUCUGAAAAUCGACAACUGUCUUCUGUAAAAUAGGACACCUGAGCACCUGAUAUUUGCUGUUCUUCUGCUAAUGAGUGAACGUUAUUCCAUUUCUCUUUAAUCUCAGCUUUUUCCACAUUCUGCAUAAUCUAAAUAGGAUCCAUUUGUUUGUAUAUUUAGGUAACUUUGUAAACAAACAAUGCAAAAUUAAGAGACAGUCUUUUUAUAUAUAAAAAAGAAGUAUUUCCCCCCGAUGGCUGGGAGUGCUAGGAUGGGAAGCAUCCAUGUAAUCCAUCUUAUCUUAGACACACACCAGUGAUGCAUCAGAGGAGCACCUUACUUGAUAUAGUUCUUGGUGGGGAGAGAUAGAUAAAGAGAUAGAGAAAGAGGUUGCAUUGGAAGUAAGCAAAGACACCACAGGGGACUUGAACCCCAUCCUAGAAACCAGGAGUGCCAGCCACCAGCGCCUUUUGACUUUUUUUUUCUUUUUUCUUUUUCUUUUUCUUUUUUUUUUUGGCAAUGCAACAAGGUGAAAAGCAAAACCUGAGAGAAUACUCUGAAUACAGAAUGUUCUCUCAGGAGAAAGAAAACCCUUAAGAGUUAUAAAGUUGCAGACAGAACACAACCGAGCAAAGGAUAUUCACCUAGAUGUGUUUAAGUCACAGAGUGCCAUUUUGACUGCCAUCAGUUUGCAGGGCAGAAGAAAGAGACUGGUUCCAGUCUUAAAACUCUGCCUUUAUGCUCCCCUUUUCAUUUGUCCCCCUGAAGUGUGAAUUCAUGGGCCUGGCAGUUCCUUCUGCUGGUCUGUGAAAAGCAAUCUGGACUGAUUAGUCUGUCCCCAACCCAUUCCCGCAAAUUCCAGUGAAAUGGAACAUAGCUGUUCUUACUGACCUGACUUCUGCAGGAAGAGCUGGCUUCACCUGAGUGUGGUGGGCUCUUGGACAGAACUGUGAAGAGAUCAAGCAAGGGGAAAUUGAGAGGCCAGCACAAAAGGAUUGUACUGAAAAAGAUCACUGAAUUGUGGAGUGUGAAGUACACCUGCCAUUAAGGUUCCUGAAGAAUUGCAAAAUUCUAUUUCUUGUGUCACUGAGAUGCACCUGGAAGACUAGGGUCUUCAGCAGCCCUCCCCUCCAGACACAAAGGAGCAAAAACAGUGGGUUACCUAAAGCAGCGCACUCAAGACGCAGGUGUCUCUCAGUCCUACACUGCCGAUGUUCACUUGAUGUAUCAAGAGCUCUUGACACUGCCUCUUACUUGUCAACGGAGCAGAUCUGCUUCAGGCACAGGUAGCUUUGUGAGGUCUGCAAAAAAAAAGAGCUGGAACAAAGCAAGGUUGGCUGUCCCACCAAAAGAUGUACCUUAUUGUGUGGCGAUGGCACAGGAAAGGGCCUCCCCUGCAGUGGUGUCCCGACAAGAGAAGUCCCUCCAGGUAGAAGCACGGAGAGCGACCGCAUUAGGCUUUCGAGUUCACAGCUCUUCUGAAAAAGGGAUUGAAUAACCAACAUUGCUCAAUACAAACUCUUUAGAAUAUUUAGUUUGCAUAUUUGAUGUAUGAUUCCAUUUAGAGCCUACCUUUUCUCCAACAGGCUCAGGGUGCUUGAAUGGUCCCCCUCACUGCGACCUGAAAGAAUCUUUGUACAAAGAGUUGCAGGCAGAAAACAGAGAUUUUCUCCUCAGCCAAGCACAAGAUACUCACCUAGAAAACACUCCUCAGCCAGAAAACACACACCUGUAUUGCUGCUAUAAUUACAAUGGAGCGUUUAGAGAUCACUUUUUAGUUAUUAGUGCCUAUUGCCCUUCUGAUAAUUCAAAAGUUUUCUUAUAGAAGCUACAAUUGCAGUUGAAGGUAACAAGAGAUUACAGGCAAAGGAAGCAGUUUGCUACACCAGGUUUUUAAAUAUAUUAGCUUAGGAAUAGAAGUACUGGCGAGGAUCCAAAUUUUAGUAUUUGUUGGAAACCCAGCAACUAUCAAUCCUUUCAUGCAGGUUUUCACCAAAAAGCCAGUAAUACUAUUUUGGUCAAAUUAAUUUUUUAAUAAAGUCUCAGCAUUAAUGCAUAAUGUUUCCUGCAUUAAAGAGACAUACAUGUACCCCAGGGAAAGAAAAUUGGGAGCUACAUGCCUCCUUUAUCUACAGGAGAUAGGGGUACAGACCUCUAUUCCAAAAUGUUUCACAAAUGUGGGUUAUUAUUAUUUUGUAUGGCCCCACUCUCUGGUCAUUAGUGGAACAAUCAGCCACCCCCUUAUGGACGAGUCAAAAUGGCCAGAGAGUCAGGAUUCAUAAGAUUUCAAAUAUUUUCUCAGUCAUUUCAGCCUUACCAUUAGCAGACAAUAUUUUCUGCCCUUUAUGUACAGGAAAAAAUGGUCAAGGCUCAUCUUUCCUAAUUAUUAAUAUGUAUGUUCUUAAACGUUUGCUGGACUUUUUUUGCUCACAAAUGGCUGACAAAAUGGUGAAAACCUCUACUCACUCCAAUGCCACCUCUACCAUUGCCAUCAGUGGAUUCACCCUCAAAAUGCCUUAUUUGCUUAUUCACACUGAAAUUCGCAAGGCAACUGUUACAAACAAAGGAAGCAGUUUGAUGCACCAGGUUUUAAAAUGGGUAUUCUAAAUGUAUUACCUUAGGAACAAAAUUACUAGCGAGGAUCCAAAAUGCUGGCAUGUUUGGAACCUUCUGGAUUUAUACACAUCUGAAGGAACAAAAACUCAGCAAUAUUUUGGUGACCCUCUUCUGCAGUUGCCCAGUAACUACAGUUAGGUAUAAUACUCUCAGCCUUGGUUGGUUGCUUUUUGCUGCUGCUCCUUGUGGCUUUCUCAGUUAUUUCCCCCUUUUAUGCUUCCCCCAGAACCAGUUCUUGAUCCUAGUGGCUUCCAAACCUUUUCUGGUUCAAUAGUUAUUUCUCUUUCCAUGCCUUCAUUCUUUUCUAACUUCACCAAUCUGAAGGGGCUCCUGGAAUGCUUGUCAGUUGCCUUUAUUCCCAUCAGGGAAAAGGUUGGGAAAUAAUAAUAAUAAUAAUAAUAAUAAUAAUAAUAAUAAUAAUAAUGCCUCUUCCUAGCUUCCUGUGCCAAAUGCCACCACUUUUAAGCCAGCUGCUCAAGAGGGUUUGUUAUUCUACUCCCUGGAAUCCACAUUAUAAAUAAAAUGAAGUUCUGCCCAUUAGCGAAGGAGCUUCUCUAUCGUCCCCAAGAAGCUAUCACAAAAUGGCCGCAAAGUAUUUUUGUCAACAAGCUAACAUGAAAUUAGAAGGAACUAUGUUGCCUUCUCCCCCUCUGCUUUGCUCUUUAUCACAGGCACAGCCUUCUUUCCCCCUGGAUCCCCCUCCCCUUCUCACUUCUAAGGCUCACCUGUGUUAAAAUCUUCCCAAUCUUGGUUUUUCUAACUUCUGGAGCAAGUGGUCGCAGACUAGAUCCAGGGGCUCUUGGAAGAAGCUGGUUUUCUGGUUCCAUUUCAAUUGGGUUUAGGCCUGGUUUUGGCACAGAAACUGCCUUGGUCGCCCUGCACGAUGACCUCUGUCGAGAGAGAGACAAGGGAAGGCGCUCAGUGGCCCAGAAUGCCUUCCAUCAGCUUCGGACAGCGAUAGCCUAACCACGGUUGUCUAUGCUCUGGUGACCCUUUAUUGGGUUAUUUUUGUUUUGUGUAUUUGAUAUUUUAUGUGAACUGCCCUUAGACCUUCAUGUGUAGGGCGGUAUAGAAAUUAAAUUAAUAAUGAUGAUGAUGAUGAUGAUAACAACUUCGGCAACAGAAACCCCAGCCUCUUCUUUUUAUGAAAUGGCUUUUCCAGUUGCCUUUUAAAAGAAAAGCCUUCUAUUUUUCUGUAUUUAUUCUUCACUCUGCUUGAGGCAGACUUCGUAUCUCCCCACUUGCCAUUUCCUGUGCUCCUUUUCACAUCCAAAGACUUGUUGGUCGAAAGGUAAAUAAACUUGAUUUCGCCCCUCACGUUCUUUCAUUUGUCUUAGCUUUCCCUUGGCUUUUCUAGUCAUCAGGUGUUUUUGUUUUUCUUGAUUCUCUUCAAAAUCUUCAUCUUGGUAUUUUUAUGUGUUUUCAGUUUAAAUUUUGCUUGGCUAAGCUUUCUUUUGGGGGCUUCCUCAAAGUCCAUCAUCUGUCCACAAUUUACCCCUCCUGUUUUAUUAGGAUUAAUUCUUUGAUGGCCUUUAUUUUCUUUCAGUUUCCUUUAACUUUAAAUUUAUUGCCUCUCCUAACACUUUUUAGGGAGCCACUAAAUUAAGAUUUGUUGUAUCUCUUUUUAAAGUUGUAAAUAAUAAUUUUUCUGUGCCGUACGAUUCCUUUGUUUACUUUUUAAAAAAAUAUUAACUAUAGUUUUGAAAAGAAAUCUAACCUAAGCUGGUUUUAGUUUCCAUUUUAAACCUAUUCCCCCAGCCUCCCUCUGGACCUAAUUCCUCUGCCCAUUAGCUCCUUCAGUUCUGACCAGUGAGAGGGCUAAAACCAGUACUAUAGCCAGGGACAGUCUCACUCACUAGAAUCUGGCUCGCUCCUUCCACCACCUGUUGGUCAUAAAGACACAUAAAAAAGUCCCUCAGCCCAUUAAUACAGUGGAUACAAAUGUCUUUGUUUUCAACAUGGGAUCAUUGCGCAUGGGUAAGAAAUUAGUGGUGGAGAGCAGGCGGGGGUGUGACUGGCGCGCAACUCAGGGGCGUGGCAUGCGUCCUGGGGGCAUGGUGUGCCGCAUGCGGGGGCGUGGCCCCCAGCGCAGGGGGGACCAGCCACAAUGGCACCCCACUGGGAUCAUGCAGCCGGGGGCGGUGCGCUCCCCCCUACACCCCUGUUCUUCCACCAGUGCUCGUCCCUUCAAAUAUUUUAUUGGAGAGGGGCUUAAGAGGGGUUAGCUCCUAAGUUGAGGUAUGCAUCAUUCCUGGAUCAAUGUCUUUGGUUACUUGGCUAUGUGUAGCACCUGCUGUGCCUUUGAACGGCAUUUUGCCCAUGUAUCACACUGAUCUGAGCAUUAAAGAUUUUGGUAGACGCUG